AGCGUGAUUUAUCUCCUUUAUUGCUGAGAAGCUGCAGCCACUUGGUGUUGUUGUGUAAAUAGUUUGCAAAAAAGUAGCAAAGCCGCUUCAUGCACCUUGUUUUCGUUUCUUGUAGGCCCCUAAAAAGCUGCAAAAGGAAGAGGAUGUGACGCUUUUUAUGCGACCGAACUCCGGGAUAAAUGCUCGUUGUCCAUUGUUAAACAUCAACAGUCAUAUUAUUAAGAAUGCAAUAGCAACACGUAUACUUUCCAUCUGUGCCUGCAUUCAUUUUUGUUAUUCAGUUAGUCUAUAUUCAUAUUUAAGAUAAAACGUAAUGGUUUUGUGUAGUUAAAUGUAAAUAAUCAAACUCCGGGUUAGCCUUUAGUUGACCAUCUAGACGUCUGUGGCGCACACAUGUUAGUUAGCCUGUUAGCACUGCUGUAGCACAGUUGUCCAGCUCCUUGGCUCCACUUUGCCUAAAUAAUAACGCUAUCUGUUUAGUAAAAUCACGGGUCAUCUUCACAUCUCUGCGUUGUCUUUUCACAACUGGGGGCCUGCCCCCUUUUUGUUUUCAAUCAGCACCCACAUGAGUAGUUGUUGAUCACAGAAUCAUGAAGUCGCACAAACCCACACAUGUUAAGGUCCAUGCUAAAUCUCAGAAGUGGAAGGAUGUGAGGGGUAAACGGAGCCGGCCUCCCAUCACUUCCUCUGAGCUCAACUCCAGUCCUGUCGUGGCCCGGAUGGCGGUGGAGCACAAGGCGACUCAGAAGAAAAAGCCCAACGUCAAGAGAUUAAAGAGCAAAGCAAAGCCUGUCUCUGUGUCCAAGACCAAGACCAACACCCCUCAGUCUGUGAUUCAGAAACCUCACACACAGGCUAAUGGAAGCUCAGCGUUUAAAAUGGACAAUGAUUCAAAUGACUCCCUGGACUGGAAGGAGUACUCCCUGUCUAUUCAUGGGAAUGGUGUGAAAACCUCAGGCGAAAUAGAUGAUGUAGAGCCAGUUAGACUGGAAGGAGCGUCUCUUCAUAACUGUGCAGAGAGGGAUGAUCGACAAAACCACGCAGUGCUCAUCAUGCAGAAGAAUCAGACCCUGUGUUUCCGUGGGAAGUGCCACCUGACCUGUCUGUACGGCCGGGUGGAGGUGAUGGGGUUCACCAUUGAGGAAGGUCAGCAGUCAUAUCCCCUCUUCUCCCCAGCUUCACAUUGCCCUCUGACCAUUAGAGCACUGGAAAGCUCUGAUCAAACCAGAGAUGACAAAACAGAGGCUUCAUCCAUCCUCCCAAAGUACCUGCCGUCAGCAUCACGGAAGAAGUUGCUAAAAAGUGUUACAUCAAACUCCUCCAUCAUCCUGCUGGAGCCCAUGGAGACGCCUCUGACACGGUUCCUGUCGAGCUUCACAGAUCUCAGUGAACUGUUCUGCCCCCCAGUGAAUGAACUCAUGUCCGCUGUUCUCGACACUCCACUGAACGGUUUGGGAAUGAUUCCCCUGGUGGCAGCCAUCGAGGGCCUGAAAAUGUCAAAGACCUACAGAGAGGCUCUCAACAUGGUGGUCGGCGCCUGCAGAGGGGACAUGGAUGGGUGUGCAGUCAUCCUCGUCUGUGGAUCCAAGAAUGUUGGAAAGUCAACGUUCAUCCGCACUCUCAUCAACGCCUUACUAAACCACACUGCUAGUGUAGAUUACCUGGAAGGUGACCUCGGUCAGACUGAGUUCACUCCGGCUGGAUGCCUUUGUUUGUCGACUGUCACAGAACCACUUCUGGGGCCUCCUUUCACACAUCAGAUCCCCCCAGAGCACAUGAUCUACUUCGGUCACACGUCAUGUGAUACGGACUUGGAGCGUUACCUGGAGUCUCUGAAGACCUUGUGGCGCAGACGCUCCCCGAGCAAAGAGACCACCGUGGUCAUCAACACCAUGGGCUGGGUCAAAGGAUUUGGGUUUCAGUUGCUGGUGGACAUGAUCCGCUUCUUCCCCGUCUCCCAUGUGGUCCAGCUCGGUCACAGCGGGGUCAAUCAGUGUCCCGCUGUGACUCCGGAGUUUCUGCGGACGGCGCACGGCCAUCAGACGCACCCGCCUGCUGUGACGGCUCUGGACGAGUUCACCGAGAGCCACAGCCCCCCCAAAAGUUACACUCACGUUAUCGUAAAGUCAGAGUUUCAGGGAGCCGGGAAGCAAGGGACAGCGAAGCACCAGCGCACCAAUGAGCUGAGAGAGCUGUCUCUAAUGGCCUACCUGAGUCAGCUGCAGUCUCCCGACCCCGGACCAAUCAGAUCUCUGCACAGCCUCACCCCCUACCAGGUUCCCCAAGCGGCGGUGGCUUUAGGUGUGAUCCACUGCGAGGUGGUGCCCACUCACAUGUUUUAUGCCGCCAACGCCAGUCUGGUGGCCCUCUGCUGCCUGGGAGAGAAAGUGAGCAGCAAGGGAGGACCAGUCCUGCUGAGUCAGGCUCCCAUCUGCCCCUGCGUGGGCUUCGGUGUGCUUCGAGGUAUCGACAUGGCACGAGGUCUGUACUUUUUGCUGACGCCCGUAAAUCCCACCGUCCUCCGUAAGGUCAACUGUCUCCUCCUGGGAGCGAUAUCACUGCCUUCCUGUAUCCUCACAACACAGUCCGGCUUUGAUGGAGAGAUGCCCUACAUCACUACAGACUACAGUUUUGAUAUCACCGGUGCAGGAAAGCUGCGAGUCUUCAAGGGACUGACCAGACCCAGUCUCAUGGGGGCACAGUGACAUUUCUUACACAGCGUUUCUUCUGUACCCUUCUGACCUGGUGUUUUCCACCCAAACCAGUAAGGAUUCGACUGUACAGACCUGAGGUUGAGCUGGACAUUUCAGAUUCAGAGAGAUGGAGCAGCCAGUGUCACAGACUCUGCAGGAAGAGAGGCUGCCUUGUCCUGUUGGUGGACUUACAACCUCUUGCUGUACGGACAUCUGAGGGACAUGCAUUUUCUGGACAAUAAUCACACUUUGUAUUUAAAGCUCUUUAUUGUUGUCUCUUCUUUGUGUUGUUGGCAUUCCAGAGGGGCAAAUGAAUACAAAAACCUGCCACAUAUUAAACAAAAAACACCUUUUGCUCAGACUUUGUGGAUUUUUGUUUUAUUUCAUGUGUUUUAGAUGUUGAUGUUCGUUUCGAGUCAUUUAGUCAUAGAUCCAUGUAGAUUUCAACCAGGUCAUGGAUAUUUAACAAGUCACAGAGUCAGAUAGUAGAUUGUUCUUUUGUCUCAGUUUCAUUCGAUAAAAUCGUGACAUUAUUUCAAAGAUUAAAGUAAAGAUUGAGUUAAGGUCUCUCACAUUGAAAUGACUGUGAAUCUGAAGCCCAUUUUGUCAGUAUUGUGCUUUAAUGCCAGUGAAUUGUUUUUGACAGCUUUAACUGCUGUACAUGUGGUCGUGUCUCGUAUAACAAAGUGUUCUUGCACUGGUGGUUCAUUAAAAGUGUUUUGUAAAUGCGA